AAUAAUUGAAAUUUAAUGAUAAAAAAAUUCAAUAAAGAAAAUAAAAUAGGAACAGGUAGCGAUGUGUCCAAUACCAGCCAGUCAUUGAGACUCCCUCCCUCUUCUUCUUGUUACAUCCCUUCUUGUUUAGCCAAACUUAGAAUUCUCAACCACAAAUUCCACUUCAAAUUUUUAAUUUUUCAGUUUUGGCAAAAGAUGGAUGAUACUGAAGUUGGCAUUAGAAGAGUUAGAUCAGUUAAAGAUGCUAUUAACCUAUAUGAUGAUAGGAAUCAUAGGUUUGCUGAUACUGAUAGUCCUUCAUUGAAGAAAACUCAGAUGGAUUUCUCAGGGAACCCUACUUCAAGAACAAGAGAACUCCACAAAGCUAGAAGGGAUAUUGGAAGGUACAAAGAGAGUAGAUGGACAUCAGAAUCUACAAAAGCUCAAGCAGAAUCUGAUCUUUCAAAUGCUAAAAAGACAACGAAAAAUCUUUCUUUUAUGAUUGAGGAAUCAAGUUACAAGGCUAAGUCACAAAUAAGGGAUAUAGAAACACUGAAGAAGAAGGGAAAGGGUAAACAUGAGGAUAUGGUUGUGAAGAGGAAUGAGAAUCAUUAUGAGUAUGCAAAAGUGAUGAGAGAAUUGGAAUAUCUCAAAAAGGAAUUGUUCCAGCUAAAGCUUGAUGUAGCUUCUGUUUUGGAGGAGAAAUCGCGGGCCGAAAAUCAAAUCGAAGCAUCGAGCUCGAAGAUGAUCAUUUGUUCAAGAAAAACAGAAGUACUUAGAAAGGAGAUUGAGGAAGCUAAUGAAGAACAAGUACUUGCUGAAUUGGCAAGGAUUGAGGCUUUGAAAGAAUUGGAAGAUAUUAGAGUUCAAAGAGAAAGAGAAGCAAAUGAGUUUUUAUUCAAGUUGGAAAUCACAAGAAAAAAGUUAAAGGAGGCAGUGGAAGAGAUGGAUGAGUCAAAAGAACUUGAAAUGAAGUUAGCUAUGACAGUGUCAGAUGUUGAUCUUUUGCAGAAUCAGUUGAAUAUGGUUAAAGAAAUGGAGAAAAGGGUUCAAGGAGAUGAUGGAAGUAUGAAACUAUUGGAAGGAAGUUUCAUGAAAGAUGAGGAAUCAGGAGACUCUAAUGAGUUAAAAACCAUAAAUGAAGAACUUGAAGCAGCAAAGAAAGAAUUAGCUUUGAUUAGAGAUGAAGGUUUCCAGUUUAUGGCCUCUAUGGAUGUUAUAAGAAAUGAGCUGAAGCAUGUAACCGACGAGACGGCUCGCUUGAAGAAGAAAGACUCAUCAGUUCAUAAUCUCAAUUUGAAGCUUCUAAGAACAAAAUCGAAGCUAGAAGCUGUAUCUGCGGCCGAGGAAAAAGCAAGAUUAAUAGUAACUAGUCUAUCUCAUGCUCUUGAAAACCUUAAGACAGAAACAGAUGCAUCUAAAAAGGAAAAGGAGCAUAUAAAUCAAGAUAUUAUAACCACUAAGGAAGAAAUUUCAAAAACUGAGUUUGAGAUAGACAUGAGUGAAGAAAAAUUGCAAGGUGUAAUGAAAGAGCUAGAAAAAGCAAAAACAUCUGAAGAUUUAGCUUUAGAGAAGCUUAAAACUAUUUCCGAGACAACAUUGAGAGAAAGAGCUUUAACAGCAAAACAUAGCUCCUUGAUUACUAUCUCAAAAUUUGAGUAUGAGUAUCUAACUAAUCAUGCAGCUGCAGCAGAAGAAAUUGCUGAUAAAAAAGUUGCAGCAGCUGAGGCAUGGAUUGAAGCACUGAAAGCCAGUGAGAAGGAGAUACUAAUGGAAACAAAAAUAGCUCAAAGAGAAUUCAAAGAAACAAUGUUGAAGGAAGAGAGGGAGAUUUACACCAAAGAGAAGAUGGUUGGAAGAAGAGUUAGUAGUGAUGAGGAGUUUGACAGGCCGAGAAAACGCGAGAAGAGUUCAUCGAAGAACUCACAGAGAGCUAUUUCUAGAAAGAGCAUCAAAUCAAAUGGAAAUGUAACUCCUGCUAAGAGAGCUAAGUUUCAGAAGUCUGCUUCGCCUGCAAUCGCAACCCGGCAUGUUAGUCCUUUCACUCUCAAGAAGAGAAAGAAAGUUAUCCCGAAUUUGGCGAAAUUGUUUGGUGGCAAGAAAAUCACUAAGACUAAAGAGUAAAUUUAACAUCGUGGUCUUAAAUUGCAGUCUGCAACUAUAACUGCUUCCACAAUGUAUAGGAUUUUGAAGUGUCUGCAAAUAGAACUUCAUCACUGCUAAACAUGUGCAUUAAUUACUACUUUAUAACUCCCACAACAGAAUGCAUGUACUUUUUCUCUUUUCUGUUCCUUUUUCUAGUGUCAUUUUCUCAAACUCUAGUAUUUUUCAUCAUUGUUGCAUAUAAGACUUUUGUAUCUUCUUUUAACUUAAAA